CCCGGCUCAGUUCCAAUCUCCGCCUCCAUUUCCAUGGGGAGAGGUGUGGCCAACGGAGUAGGUAAAUCCGAGUGAGAAUGUUGGUAGUGAUUCCUAACGCCAUGAAUAGAUUUGGCCAAUCGGCCCAGAUCCCAACUCCACUGGCACUUGGUUUCCAACACGAGAGGCACGGUGCCUCAUCGACAUGCGUUUCGAGCCGUACUUUACACCAAACGUAUGCUGCGAACAACGAUCCUCGCCCAUCUGUUCCCAUUGAAUCGUCAAGGCCUUAUUCUAUCACAAGUCUACAACAACCAUCAUAUACGAUGAUUGGGAGCGUUUAUGUUGAAGCCCAAACGGGGAAAUAUCAAUUCAGGUGUCAUCUUGAAGGAUGCAACGGGAAACCAUGUUCUCGUCUACAGGAAUUGAAACGGCACUAUGAGUCAAAACAUGAAGACUCCGCCAUGUGGUGUCCGUUCCAGGAUUGCGAGCGUAGUGAAAACACCGGUACAGAUCCAUUCUCCGCGGGAAGAAAAGACAACCUGAAGGAACACGUCAAGCGCAUGCAUAGCACGAGAUACGCGCGAUGGCUGCAAGGCUUGCAGUGAGGUUGACACUCGUCUUUUUCGCUGUUCCUCUGUCGAUGUACAAUGGAGUGCUACAUAUAGAGUAUUAGGUAAUUUUUUUUCUAGAUUCACGUCCGAUAUAGAUAUUUGAAGCGUAUGUGACUGCGAAUAACUUUAUUGCUCGCCCAGUUUGAUCUUUUUGGUGGAGUGAUGUUCUGGUGUCAGGUUGACGACUGCGAGCGUAAGGAAACUUAUGGAGAUCAUCUGUUCCCUAUAAAAAGCCAAGCUGAAAGACUGGCAUAAGCACAAGACCUAGGGUCCCGGG